AGAAACUGACAUAGCAAAACCAAGUGCUUUUUCACGUGAGCUCCUCAAAAAUUUGGCACAACAAUUUCACAUGCUUUUCCUUUAACUCGAUUAUGUUUAACAUGUCACAUGGAUGUGAUAUUCAUUUGAAAUCAGCUGAUGGCAAGCUAAUCCUUUUUCAUUAUUUUAUCGCAAGGUGUCCAUUUCAGAUUCACAUGAAUUUCACUUCGAUUUGCCCCAUUUGACUUUUCCCAUAAUUUCGAAGAGAAAAUCACGUGAGAUUGAAAUGUAUAGGCAUUGAACGGUGUUCGGUGAAAAAAUUCAUUCGUAUAAGAUGGCGAUGAACGACGGACGUGCUCAAAUCGACGAAGUCGUUUCUGUGAAAAACUUAAUAUUUGUUUUUGGUUUUAAAAUGAAUGUUUUCGUAAAUAACUUGUUACAAAUCAUGAUCGAAGUGCUGAACGAGAUGGUUUUCUAUCACAGUGUCCUUGGCCACUCGAUCCGGAUAAUCAAGGUCGAUUCGGUGGGGGACUCCACUCCGGAACUGUCGAGCCCGUAUCAAGCUGUUAAUCAAAUCCAAGUUCCGGUUCCCGCAGCUGCAACGAUACCACCACAAGCGCUCCCGGAAGCUGUUCCGUCGCCCGUGCACCUACUACGAGAAAACUGUGCCGCCGAGUCCGAACUUGUUUUUUUUAAUUAA